ACGCUUGGGAACACAGAUUGAAUCAUGUCAAUGGGAAGAGACUGGCUUGAAUUAGAUACAGACGGUGCAACGGGAUAGGUGGAUGCCAGCAGUGGGUAACUGACAUUCGGACAUACGAAAGAUUAACAACCCAAGGAUCCCUUGGAGGUUUCACAGAAUAACCAAUAUCUAUGGCCCAGCAUUUAUUGAUAUUACACUGAGACAUGAGGGCUGAACCGGGACAGAAGAUGGAUGCAGGGCAUUCAGAUCUAUCCAGCUGCCCUCUUGUGCUCGAUGAUAUCCAUGUUGAAGGCAAGCCGGAAAGACCUAGAGUUAUCUCAAAAAGUGGACACAGCAAUGUGAAAAUUGACAAGGUGGAAGGAGUUUUCCUGCUUUACCUCCAAGACUUGUGGACCACUGUCAUUGAUAUGAAAUGGAGGUACAAGCUCACUCUUUUUGCAGCUACCUUCUUUCUGACAUGGUGCUUCUUUGGUGUCAUCUAUUUUGUCAUUGCCUUCUUUCAUGGUGAUAUGAAUAUUGAACCAAUGUCAAAUCAUACACCCUGUGUUAUGAACGUUGACUCCUUUACUGGAGCCUUCCUCUUUUCUAUGGAGUCUCAGACAACGAUUGGCUACGGCUUCCGUUUUAUCACAGAAGAGUGUCCACAUGCCAUUUUCAUGCUGGUGGCCCAGUUGGUCCUUACAACAUUAAUUGAAAUAUUCAUCACAGGGACCUUCUUGGCCAAAAUAGCUAGACCCAAAAAGCGUGCAGAGACUAUAAAGUUCAGCAACAAGGCUGUUAUUGCUAAACACAAUGAUAAACUUUGCCUCGUGGUGCAAGUGGCCAACAUGAGAAAAAGCCUCUUAAUACAAUGCCAACUUUAUGGAAAACUUCUUCAUUCAUAUGAAACCAAAGAAGGUGAGAAGAUCCUUCUUCAGCAGGCCAACAUGAACUUUAACGUGGACUCUUCUUCUGAAAGCCCAUUUUUAAUUCUACCAUUGACAUUCUAUCAUGUGCUUGAUGAGAAGAGUCCGCUUAAGGAUCUAACGGUGGACAAUAUCAAGACAAAGGAUUUUGAACUUGUUGUUCUUCUGAAUGCCACGGUGGAAUCUACCAGCACAGUAUGUCAGAGCAGGACAUCGUACCUCCCCGACGAGAUCUACUGGGGCUAUGAGUUUGUACCGGUUGUUUCUUUAUCUUCACAAGGGAAAUAUGUGGCUGACUUCAGCAAUUUUGACAAAAUCAGAAAAUGCAAAGCCAUAGAAACUAUUUAUCUCGCACAUUUUGAGAAACACAAGUUGGAGGAAAAGUACAGAAAACAAGAAUUAAUGGACAGAGAGAGGCAAACAAAUGUUUAAUUAGUACAAAGUUGUAUUUAUUUCAUGUGACAUAAGAACACAAGGCUGACUGAUAAAAAGGUUUGAGGAAUAGGUGUGCCCUGAUCAGUAAUAGCUGCACCAGGGUAGUAUGGUUGAUAAGAAGAAAACUUUUUUCUUUGCUGAAAUUAAUUUUUUGGAUACACUGGAACUGGAUUAAGCAAUGCCAUACUCUGGGAAACUGAAAAGCUUGCCACUUGUUCCAAUGGGAGUCUCCAAAAUGACCAUUUAUAUAAAAAAAUUAAAAACAUACACACAUCCAAAAGAUCAGUGUCGGACUGGCCCACCGGGAUACCAGGUAAACUCCCGGUGGGCCCAGGUGUCAGUGGGCCUUCAUGCUGCAUAUUUCAUGGUCAUUCUUUAUUUCUAUGAGAACAAAAAGACUAAAUAGAUUUAAUAAUAGAUGAUAGUAGUAUAGUAUGUAAAGAAAAGAGACUAGGAGAAGCAAUGAGAAGAAGAAUAAUAGUACUGAGAGAGGGCCCCUGGUCUAAGGUUUUUGGGUGGGCCCCUGAUGUCCCAGUCUGACACUACAAAAGAUAUAUAGUAGUAGGCAACAAAACAGAAGUUGUGGACAAAGGUUAGGUCCUCCUUGUAUUGAUACAAGGCGGCAACAUGGAUACUGCAAGCUUAUAAGGCAGUAUGUCAAUUAAUUAAGACUUUCAGUAGAGAAUAAUGGUACUGUUAUUAUUUUUGUUCCCUUCAUCUUGUACCAAUUAAGCCUUGGAAUUUAAAAGAUUCUGAUCAAAAUAAAGGGCUGGAUCAUGCUUGACAGCCCCGGGUACUGUUUGAUAAAUAAUGUGUUCUAGGAAUAUAAUUGACUUUGUUUUCCUAAAUGUUUGUCAGCUUCUCUACUUCCAUAGAGAAGCUUAAUACUUUGUUAGCCCAGCUUCUGUGAGGAACAUCAAUCUUAGCAAUGUUUUAUGAAGCAGGAAGAACAAAAGAAACAACAGCAAAUGAUACUGUGUAGGAUGAUGUGGGUAUUCUGUUGUUUGAAAGCCAGUGCCCUAGACAACUCUUAAUACAACUGAGCAGAAGGGGAGAUUCAAAGGCGACUAUAGUACCAAAUGAAUUGCAGGAUUGUGCUUGUCAUCAUGGGGGUACCAGAAAUAUUCUAGUCAUGGGCCCUGUGGGAAUUGGGGGCAGCAAGAAAUGUAAAGGUGAGGUUUGUGGGUAGUAAGUGGAAUUUAAGCAGAUAGAGAUCAUGAUUUGAGGAGAACAGGGCAGAUCAUGGCUUUGACCAUGCAUGAGCCCCAUUCUGCUUGUAGAUAAUGCCCAGGAAACCCUGGUAACUGGUGGGCUAAUAAUUGGGUCUCCAUGUGGAAAGGGCCUUUCUAACUUAUAGAAUGGGGGCCCAUGAUUGCUUAAUACAAGGGAAUACCUAAGCUGCCAUAGUUUUAUGGGAUCUUUCUUUAUUAAUGCUCCAUAGGUUUUGUGUUUAACACAGUGAACCCCAAUCAGUGGCUCAUGAGCAAUAUGUUGCUCACCAACCCCUUGGAUGAUGCUCCCAGUGACCUCAAAGCAGCUGCUUAUUUUUGAAUUCCAGGCUUGGCAAUUUUUAACCAAAUGGCUGUUUAACCAAUUACUCAUUCCAUUCGGAUUCCAGAACUUAGGUUUAGAGCAGGCAGGUCCUCUCUAAUGUACAUUGUCUAGAAACAAAGGUAGGAAUCUUCUCUGGAGAGAUGCAUUAAAGAAUAUUGUUGGGUCCUUUCAGGACAGUGGUCCUUAAAAUAUGGAUGAAAAAAUGUAUUUUAGGUUUAUUACUGAAAUUACAGAUACGGUCUGUAGGGCGCUAGUAGGAACAAAGGGUAAUGAUAACUGCCCUACACCCAAUUAAAAUGCAUGUUGGUGGAACAAAGACGUGUUAUGAAUUGCCGGGCAGUUCCCAGAUUCAACAUUUUAUCUCACAUGACACAUGGGCAGUGCACUAACAUACUGAGGAGGGUGCCAUCAUGGAAAUGGCCAAACACAUUGAAUUUAAUGGUUGACUCUACUGUUGACAUCAAGGGGUGAAUGAGCUUUAAGGGGCAGGAAGUAAUUAUCUCAUGGGGAUCCUAGAGCAAUAAUGUCAUCAAGCCUUACCUUACCUCCUUGCUCCAACCCCAGCAAGUAGGACCAAUUGCAUUGUAAUGAAUUCAUAGCAUAGAAGUCACAUGAUAACUCGUUAAAGGCCUUUGGCUACAUGGGUAUCUACUGCAGGGGGAAGCAUUGUAUAUAUCUAUAUAUAUUGCUCAAACCUGGGGAAAUAAUUGUUUUCCAGGUGCCAGUGCACUUUGGGGGAAGACAGGUUUUCUUCCCCCUAUUUUCACAACUGUAGUGGCUGUCAAUCUUAUACUCACAGCCAAUCACACAUUGACACACAUUGACCAUGGGCAGCCUUUAAGAAUCUGUGAUCAAAGACCAAAUGUCUUCCUCACUUUUUUCAAAAGACUUCUUAAUUUCACAUAUUAAUUAUGGAAAAGGAACUUAUAUCCUGUGACGAUUAGUUUUCUGAAAGCUGAUCUGCUGCUAAUAUUUAUCAGUAAUCCAUUGGAAGUAAAUUAAAAGAAUCACUGUACAGUAAAUUGCCUUUAUUGGGAAUGUUGUUUUGCCAUUUUUUAAAAAAUAAAUAAAUGUCCAUUUGUUUGCACAAUUCUACAUUUGUUAUACGGUGGCGGGUAUUUCUGUAUUAAAGAGCCAACCUUUGUUUGUAUUGCAGAAUUUCCAUUCACAGCUGUAUAUCAUUGCCAGUACUAUGCAUUUUGUGGGUUGUUGGCAAUAAAAUGAUAAUUUGAA